AUGCGCGCCAUCCAAGUGAGCCAAUACGUCAAGGGGCCCCUAGAGCUCAAAGUCUCUGACCUCCCAACCCCUUCUCCCGCCGCCGAUAAAUACCUCAUCGAGAUCCACUCCGCCGGUACCAACUUCUUCGACAUCCUCCAGAUAGCGGGCAAGUACCAGCACCAGCCUCCACUCCCCUGGAUCGGCGGCAUGGAAUUCGCCGGGACGAUCGCCGCCGUUCCCACAUCCUCUUCCUCGCCCCGCUUCAAGGUCGGCGAUCGCGUCUUCGGCGCGAACCAAGGUGCAUAUGCUACCCAUGUCCUGGCCGACGAAUCCACUCUGCUGCCGAUCCCGAAUGGCUGGAGCUUUGAGGAUGCCGCGGGCCUCUUCGUUACGGCGCCGACGUCCUAUGGAGCACUAGUGCACCGCGCGGGCGUGAAGGCGGGAGAUUGGGUCCUUGUGCAUGCUGCGGCGGGCGGCGUCGGGUUGGCGGCGGUGCAGAUUGCAAAGGCCAAGGGGGCGACUGUGAUUGCGACGGCGGGGACUCCGCGGAAGAGGGAGGUUGCGAAGGAGUUUGGAGCGGACUACGUGAUCGACUAUACGGAUAAGGCGUGGCCGGAAGAAGUGAAGAAGUUGUGUGGAGCGCACAGGAAGGGGAAUGGGAAGGCGGGGGUGGAUAUCGUGUAUGACCCGGUGGGCAUGAUUGAGCCGAGUUUGAAAUGUGUUGCGUGGAAUGCGCGGCUAUUGGUUAUCGGAUUUGCAGCUGGGAAGAUCGAGAAGGUGGCGCUGAACAGGGUGCUAUUGAAGAACGUGAGCUUGGUGGGUGUGCAUUGGGGCCAGUAUGCGCGCUUUGAGACUGAAACGGUGGGCACGGUUUGGAAGGGUAUCUUUGAUCUGGUCGCUCAGGGUAAAUUCCGCGGGACGGCGUUCAAGGAUGCUAGCUUCGCUGGUCUCGAGAGCGUGCCCAAGGCUCUUCAGGCGCUGGGAGGCCGUGAGACUUGGGGCAAGGUCGUCGUGAACAUCGUCGGCGAUGAAAAGGCAAAGAGUAAACUGUGA